UCGAGAAUGUCGUCGUCACGAGAUGCACGUACUUUUAAUCAUUGAAUUUUAAUUUUUGCAUAUUCUAAGUGAAAAUAAUCAAGUUAAUGACCAAAAUUUAAAACGCAAACGCAGAUGUGACAUGCGGUGUUAACAAAUAGUUUGAAAUCAAAAAAGCUGCUCACGCAAAGUCUAUCAUCCACUAAAGAUUCGGUAGUAAGUCGAUGUGACGAAACUCCAGGUCACGAUUGUAAAAAAAAACCUGUUGAAACAUCCUUUGGUGAAGAAGUGUCUGUCGAAGAAAAGGCAAAUCAAAACUCGUUUCUCAUCCACGAUUCCCCAGAGAUUUUUACCUCUCUUCGGGUCUAGCAAAAACCAAACUUGGCACAGCUCAGUCAUCGCUCGGGGUUUUGUUCAGACGGAUGCGUUUAUAGGUUUACCUCUCAAGAAUCAAUCGCGCUGACGUGAUCACCUCAAUACGUUACGUGUCAGCAUUCGCCAGUGAAAUUGGAUAAUUGAAUCUCUUUAUUGUAAUAAUCUUUUGCAGAACUAGUAUCGGUUCAGUGAAACGUGGCUUGAAGGGACAAAUACCUACGACGUACGACGAGUGUGGAAUUAUAUAAUAGCCCCGAGGACAGUAGUUUGGGAGGAUACGGACAGUUAGCCUACUGACGGAAUAACGGUGUUUCUCGCGAGCUACUGUACAAAGAAAGUGCCUUGAAUGAAAUAGGUACGUGGAAGCGCGCAGAAGAGAGAGAAAAAGAAAGUUUUCAUCAGUCGGUUAUUCCGCUUGGUCACGGUCAGCCGUGUUUUGUUACUAUAUUGUGAAAGAAAAAGUUUUUUAAGGCGAACAAGAUCAAUAUGGUAGGCUGCUUGAGUAACGUGGGCAUUCUGGCGGUGGAGAUCAUUUUUCCUUCGCAGUAUGUGGAACAGACGGAGUUGGAAAUUUAUGAUGGUGUUUCUGCUGGAAAGUACACUAUCGGAUUAGGCCAAAGUCGCAUGGGAUUCUGCUCCGAUCGGGAGGAUGUUAAUUCGCUGUGUUUGACCGUAGUAAAUAAUUUGCUAGAUCGGCAUAAAAUUGCUCGUUCGAGAAUAGGCCGACUAGAGGUGGGAACAGAAACUGUUGUUGAUAAAUCUAAAAGCGUGAAGACGGUUUUGAUGCAGCUGUUCGAGAAAGAUGGACCAACUAAUCUCGAGGGAAUCGAUACCAAAAAUGCUUGCUAUGGUGGAACUGCUGCGUUAUUUAAUGCUUUGGAUUGGAUAGAAUCUUCCAGUUGCAAAGGCCGGCUAGCAAUCGUUGUUUGUGCUGACAUUGCGGUGUACGCCCAAGGAUCAGCACGUCCCACAGGAGGAGCUGGUGCUGUUGCAAUGCUUGUAGGUCCAAAUGCUCCACUGGUAAUUGAUCGAGGGCUUCGAGCUACAUACAUGAAACAUGCCUAUGAUUUUUACAAGCCGGAUCUCAGCUCGGAAUAUCCUGUUGUCGACGGAAAAUUGUCCAUUCAAUGUUACUUAAGUGCACUGGAUAACUGCUAUCAACUGUACAGAAAAAAGUUUGCUGACGCAAAUCCAAGUGCCAGUCCAGUGAAUUUGGAUUUCUUCGAUGCUCUAAUAUUUCACACCCCCUACUGUAAACUGGUUCAGAAAUCAUUAGCACGUUUAGGAUUGAAUGACUUUGUGCUAACACCAGCCGAUCAGCGAGCAACUGUUUAUCCAGCAUUUGAUCAAUUCAUGGAUGUGAAACUCGAGGAGACCUAUUUCGACCGCGACGUGGAGAAGGCUUUUAUGGCUCAUUUUACUCCAGUAUUCAAUACAAAAACGAAACCAUCUCUUCAUCUCGCCAAUCAAGUGGGGAAUAUGUACACCCCUUCCGUGUACAGCGGUCUCGUUUCACUUCUUAUCAAUAGCGAUAUCUCAGAACUGAAAGGAAAAAAGGUUGGCGUCUUUUCCUACGGGUCUGGACUGGCAUCUACCAUGUAUUCGAUAUCGAUAACCAGCGAUGUUCAAGCACUUACCUCUCUUAAAUCUUACUUAAAUUACGUUCAACCCUUACUGGAUUCUCGAAACAAAGUGACACCCGAAGAUUUCACAAAGAUGAUGGAAAUUCGUGAAGCAAACAACCAUGCUGCACCGUAUGAACCAUCCGGUAGUGUUGAGACACUUUUCCCUGGAACAUACUAUCUUGCAUCGGUGGACAAAAUGCAUCGACGUUCAUAUGAACGAGUGCCAAUCGCUACAAGCGGUCAACAAGCGGAAUUAAACAAUGUUGCAGAGAGCAAUCACGUGAUGGAGACUAAAACGACGGAAGAAUGGCUGCCCGACGUUGGUAUUCUGGCGCUUGAAAUUAUUUUUCCAUCACAAUACGUGGACCAAACAGAACUGGAAGUAUUCGAUGGUGUAUCUGCAGGAAAGUACACCAUUGGCCUUGGCCAAAGCCGAAUGGGUUUUAGUUCUGAUCGCGAAGAUGUUAAUUCGUUAUGCUUAACGGUGGUGCACAAUCUGCUCGAGCGUCAUCAAAUUCCAUACUCCAGAAUCGGUCGGUUAGAAGUCGGGACAGAAACUUUGGUUGAUAAAUCCAAAAGUGUCAAAUCUGUACUAAUGCAGCUGUUUGAGUCUAAACAUGUUACAGAUGUUGAAGGAAUCGAUACUACCAAUGCGUGCUAUGGAGGCACAGCUGCCCUGUUCAAUGCUUUGAAUUGGGUGGAAUCCUCUAGCUCGAAAGGACGACUCGCCCUGGUUGUCUGUGCUGAUAUUGCAGUUUAUGCUCAAGGUACUGCGCGACCAACAGGCGGAGCAGGAGCUGUCGCAAUGCUGAUCGGACCGAAUGCACCACUGACUAUUGAUCGAGGAUUGCGGGCAACUUUCAUGAAACACGCCUAUGAUUUCUACAAACCAGAUCUUACCUCGGAAUAUCCAGUUGUUGAUGGGAAAUUAUCCAUACAGUGCUAUUUGAGUGCGCUAGAUAACUGUUAUCAACUGUACAAGCAGCAGUUUGUCGAGCAAAACCCCACCACAGUCGAUGCAAUCGAUCUCAAUAUUUUCGAUGCCAUCAUAUUUCAUACUCCGUAUUGUAAACUGGUUCAGAAAUCGUUUGCACGACUUGGCUUGAAUGAUUUCAUUCAAACUCCUGCAGAUCAGCGCUUAACCAAAUUUUCUGGCUUCGAAAAGUUCCAGAAUGUGAGUCUCGAAGAUACUUAUUUCGACCGUGACGUGGAAAAAGCUUUCAUGACACACUACACACCGUUAUUCAACUCGAAAACAAAACCCUCUCUUCAUCUUGCCAACCAAGUUGGGAACAUGUACACACCAUCCGUUUACGGUGGUCUAGUUUCCCUCCUAAUAAGCAAUGACGUAGCGGAACUAGCAGGCAGAAAAGUCGGAGUUUUUUCCUACGGUUCCGGUUUGGCCUCGUCCAUGUACUCGAUUUCAAUUACCUCCGAUGUAGAAGCGGUAGCUACAUUUAAGAAUAAGCUAAGCUAUGUACAACCCUUGCUAGACGCUCGAAUUAAAGUGUCCCCUGAGGAAUUUACUCGGCUGAUGGAGAUACGUGAAAAGAAUAAUCAUGCUGCUCCGUACGAACCGACCGGACAGGUGGACGUACUUUUCCCGGGAACAUAUUACCUGAAACAGGUAGACAAUAUGCAUCGACGUGUCUAUGAGCGUGUUACGCGCAGUUCAAGUAACACCAAUUGUAUAUCCUAGUUAGAGGCUCUUAGGUCAGAGAUGGCACGUAAGAUGAUGGUUGGUGGAAAUUUACUCAUGGCGGAGGUAAUAAUUUUUAACUUAAUAGUACCAAGGACAAAUGUGACAAUAUCUAAACUUUUUAGUUACAGUUCUUAUAAAUGGAAAUAUGUUUUUCCAAUUAUUGCUGUUUUAUUGUUAGGCUUUAGAUCGAUUAGAUAUCGUUCGUAGUAUAUUUAUAAAGGAACAUUCUUUUUUAUGAAAAGUCUACUUGCAAUUUACUUAUUAAGUUUGUUAGGUAAUAUAUCACGGAUUGUGUAACAUUUCUGAAACUUCAAUAAUUAGAAGACUGGUCAUUUUUAUCACUAGUAACUAUGUAAUUUGGAAAGCCACUGACUUUUUGAUAGAACUCAGAUUUCGCUAGCAAACAAAUGCAUAGAGAAAGGAUUACAACAAAACACAACACACUGUUGUAGAUAGGAAGGAACAUUAGAACAUAUUUAAAUAUUUAUAUUUCGACCCAUCUAUUAAAUAGAACACAAUGCAAAAGCGUGCAUUACUCGCUGUCAGAACAAAAUGCAGAACAAUUUUUCUGUCCUGUAAGUAGGAGCGCAUUGCUCAAUGAUGAACGAAACAGGAAUCCUGUAUAAAUCUAGUUGGC